AAAUAGUGGUUAACUCCUUCAUUUUCUUUUCAAUUAUUUUUAUUUUUACUUGUUUUGGGUCAGAAAAGUGGGUGUAGUGAGUAAAGUAUAUCAUCAAUGCUUCAGCCUCAGUUGGGAAAAAGAAAAGACGAGAGCUUUGAGACCAAAGGAAGCCACUUUCUUCUUUGGCCCGCUCCGCUUUCAUCUUCAGACUUCACUUUCUUCUCCACAUCCGUACACCACAAGGUACCAUCUGGGUUCUCACCCAAAUUCAAACAUUGAUAUUUUACAUCCAGAAAGACAGUAAAGACUGCACCUUGCAAAAGUGUCCGAGUCAGUCACUGAUAGAGAUAAGGGGUUUGUGUUUUGUGUUUGAUUUGUUGCAAAAUGGGGUCCACUCUGGAGAGGAAAAGGGUCAGGCUGAUUGAGGAUGAUUCGAGAGUGGAUAACAAGUGUGAUGAGUUGGUGAGUUUAGUUCAGCAUGGUGAGGAUUCUGGUCAUGAUAAUAAUGUUGAUGUUAGGUGUCUGGAUUAUGGUCUUCAUGAUGAUGUGGACCCUCGGUCUAAGUUGCUCUUGGAACAUUUGAGGGGAGAUGGUUUGCCGAGGCGGAUCAAGAGAAGAUGCAUUUCUAGUGAAGUUGAGGAUCCUCAGUAUAAGUUGUUCUUGGAAAACUUGAGGGAAGAUGGAAACUCAUAUGCAUUUGAAGUUGUUCAAGAGAAUGGGGUUUCGGAAUUGAUAAGGUAUCACCAAGAGGGUGGAUAUGCGAGGCGGAUCAUGAGAAGAUGCAUUUCUAAAGAAGACGUGGAUCCUCAGUAUAAGUUAUUCUUGGAAAAUUUGAGGGAAGAUGGAAACUCAUAUGCAUUUGAAGUUGUUCAAGAGAAUGGGGUUUCGGAACUGAUAAGGUAUCACCAAGAGGGUGGAUAUGCGAGGCGGAUCAUGAGAAGGUGCAUUUCUAAAGAAGAUGUGGAUCCUCAAUAUGCGUUGUUCUUGGAAAGUUUGAGGGAAGAUGGAAAUUCAUAUGCACUGGAAGUUGUUCGUGAGGGUGGGAUUUCAGAAUUGAUAAGCUAUCACCAACACAAUGGCUUGGGGAGGCGGGUGAAGAGAACAUCUGUUUGUAAUAAAAAGUUGGAAAACCUAAUGUUGGUUGAUAAUUGUGAGAAUACCUUGAGUUCAGUUAAGCAUGGCAAUGAUGAGGAUGAACACUCUGGUGAUGACAAUAGUGUUAUCAGGUCUGUGGAUGAUAGUUAUAAUGGGCAUAGAUUUACGGGUGAUGAUUGUGAUGACAGGUCUGUAGAUGAUGGUGAUAAUGGGACUGAUCACUCUAGUGAUGAUGAUAUUGAUUUUAAGUCUGUGCAUGAUGGUGAUAAUUGGAAUGAACAGUCUAAUGAUGACAAUGUUCAUGUCAAGUCCUUGGGUGAUGAUGUUAUGGAACCCAAGUCCAAGUUAUUUUUGGAAAAUUUGAGGGAGGAUGAAAAUAUGAAUGCACAGGAGAUUGUUCAAGAAACUGGGAUUUUGGAACACAUAAAGCAUCACCAAAACAAUGGAUUACCAGAUGAGCCUAGUUUAGCAGCCACUGAACCUAUGAAGAAUUCUUUGAUGAAAGAUAAGACUCAAAUUGAAAACAGGUUCACUCUGGAAAGUUUAAAGGAUCGCCCAAAGAGAAAGAGUUCAGUGUUGAAGGAGAAUGCAGAAUUGGCAGCUCUAGAUCCUGCUUUCGGUAUGGCAAACGGGGUUUCCACACUUGCCAGUAAAAGACCUUGUCUGGAGGUUCCCAACAAUCCAGAAGAGCUCAAUUCAGAUACUCCAGAAACUAUGAAAAGUCCUCGGGUCACAGAGAAGCCUGUAAUAGAAAACAGGGAUAUUCUGAAACUUAUUGAGAAAUUCCGAGAGAAAAGGAGUUCAGUGGUGAAGAAAAAUGCAAAAUUGGAAAUUCUGAAUCCUGUUUCUAGAAGGACAAGAGGGCAUUCAAGUAAAAGGCCUCAUUUAGAGGCUCAUAAUGCUCCAGAAAGCUUCAUAAGUUUGCCGUUGAGAGAGAAAAUGGAAACUAAAAGAACUUUGAGGCUUAUGAAAAAGGAAAAGGUAAAGAUAAAUAGACCUAAGAAGUCUGCUCAUCUUUUAAAUGAAGAAGAGACCAAGGGACCAAAGACUUUAAGAAAUAAAAGAAGUGAAUCUCUGCAGAGUUUAGAGGAUCUUCAAGAGAAAAAAAGUUCUAGGGUGAAGAAGAAUGUGAAGGGGGAAGCUAAAUAUCCUUAUUCCUAUAGGAAGAACGAACUUCCUAACAAAAGACCUGGUUCAGAGGUUCUUCAUUUUGCAAAUUGUGGGGGCAAUGAUUUUGCCAAGUGUGACCGCAAUGGUGAUGAUGAGACUGAAUCUUAUCAAACAGAUGAGAGCUAUCAAGCCUUUCUAAGUUUGCUUGAGAUAAACGAUGAAAACAUGACAUGUGCACCACAAAAUGGUAGACCAGAGAUAUAUGAUGUGGACAUAAAAGAUGAGCAUGCGGAGAGUUCAUCAGAUUCAGAUUUAAUUGUACUCGAGAGGGAUCCAGUUGAUACAUGUCGUACCCCAAUUAAGAAGGAUUCAGACAAUGAUCUGGAAAGUCACACCAAAUUUAAGGAGGGGCUUAUGAAGGAUCUUAAACGUCCUUAUGACCCACAAGAGCAUCUCAAGCUCUUAGAAGACUGGAGUUGCCAGAGGCCUGCAACAGGUCAUGCUAAAAAUCUUCGUAGUGGAGUAAUAAAAACAUAUGCACUGAAAGGGGAAUAUGGAAAACCAUAUCUGGAGGUGUACAAAGAUCUGGCUGAAAUGAUCAAAGCGAGCGAUCGCCCUGGAAGUUUGAAUCUCUUGCGGGGAUUCUUCUACUGGUUGAAGAAUGUGGCCCAGGAAGGAAGCUUUGAGCCUUGGAGUGAUGUAGAAUGUUUGAAUGUAGUGCAGCAACUGUAAACAUGAGGAGUUUCUUGCAUAAUCUUCAUUUGGCAAUGAAAGAAUCUGAUCACUGCAUCUCCGCAAAAUCGGGUGUCAAGCUGUAUGGGGUCAAAUGUGAAAUUUGGUAGUAAUUCCUAGUUGUGCAUAUGCUGCUUAAUCACACACUUUAAGUGGUUUUGGAAGUUUGGGGAAGAUGUAGCCUUUUGAUCUCAGUAGCUAGGUAAUGAGAACCAUGACUGCAGUCUUUUCUUGUUGGCUUGAGAAAUCAAUGGAGCAGUGACUGUAGUUUUUCAGUAUCACUGACCAAGUAAUCAUAUCAUAUUGGUUUUA